AUGUCGCAGACUAAAAUAAAAUUUUAUUUCGAGACCAAACAUCAAGAUAAUAACUAUUCGUUAGACAAUUUAAAAAGUAAACCAAUGGAAGUCUCUAGUCAACCCCCAUUAUCAUUAUCAAAUUUUAGUAAAAUUACAUGUUGCGAAUCAUUUUCUUUACCUUCCAAUAAUUAUGAUAUUGGUUAUUUGGUUUCUAACUAUACUAGUUAUUCAAGUAUUGCAAAAACCUUGAGUAAUUCUGAACUUCAACAUUUAGUUAAAGAUGUUUUUGUACCUUGUAAAACAUUUUCUUUUCCUAAAAAUCUUAAUGGGCGAAGUUUUCAAUAUAUGUGGAUAGAAAAAUUUCCAUGGCUCACAUAUUCGAAAAUAUUCGAUGAAGCCUUUUGUUUGCCAUGUGUACUUUUUGGGUGUAAUUUUCCAUCUGAAUGUAGUUUAGUCGAAAGAUUAUUUCGUAAGCCUUUUGAUCGCUGGAAUGAUGCUUCUCGUUACUUUCAGAAACAUGCAUUUGGCAAAAACAAUAAUAAGUCUGUCUGCAGAAAUAAAGGCUUACAUGUAAAAACUGCUGAAGUUAUAUUUUCAUUGUCGUCGAUUUGGUCUUCUAAAACAGAAUCAAUAGAUAUUACAUCUCAAAAAAUAGUUCAAUCACAGGUUUCUAAAAACCGACAGUUAUUACAACCAAUUAUUGAAACAAUUAUUCUCUGUGGACGUCUUGGUCUUUCUUUACGAGGCCAUAGAGACGAUUCAGAGUUUCAUCCUAAAAAUAGUGAGUCUUUUAGUCAUACUGUUGGAAAUUUUAUUGAAUUAUUACAUUUUCGUAUUAAAGCUGGUGAUAAAGUUCUUGAAGAUCAUCUUAAAUAUCAUCAUCAAAAUGCUUCUUACAUAUCUAAGACAUCACAAAAUCAGUUAAUAAGGUGUUGUGGAGAAGUUAUUACUGACACAAUAAUAGGAGAAAUUAAAAAUUCUAAAUAUUUUUCUAUUAUUGCUGAUGAAGCUUUUGACAGUUCAAACAAAGAACAGCUAUCAUUAGUUAUACGGUUUGUUGAUUCAAAGUUUAAUAUAAGAGAAGAAUUUAUCAGUUUUUUACAUUGCACAAAUGGUGUUACUGGUCAAGGAUUAUUUGAUAUUUUGUUAAAAAGUAUUUCAGAUUUUUCUUUAGAUAUCAUGAAUUGCAGAGGACAGUCAUAUGAUGGUGCUGGAGCAAUGGUUGGUCACACCAAAGGAUUGUCCUCUCGUAUUUUAAUUCUAAAUGAAAAAGCUACAUUUGUUCAUUGCUAUAGCCAUAGGCUUAAUUUAGUUAUUUGUGGCUCAUGCAAUGUGCAAUAUGUCAAGAAUCUUCUGGCAUAUGUUAAAGAGGUAUCAUAUUUUUUCAAUCUUUCACCUACCAGACAACAAAAGUUAGAGAAACACAUUGAAUGUACUGUUCCAAUAGCUGUUAAAAAAAAAUUAAAAGAUGUUUGCAGAACACGUUGGGUGGAAAAAGUAAAUGGUUUAGAUACUUUUCAAGAACUUUUUAUUCCUUUAGUCUCUUGUCUUGAAGAAAUGUCUUUAAAUGCCAAUAAGAGUUUUAAUCAUUCAACAGCUUCUAGUGCAUCAUCCCUUCUGAAACUAAUUACAGGUUUUGAUUUUAUUGUUGUUAUGUGCAUAACAAGAAAUGUGUUUGACUUAACUCUUCCCAUAACGCGAAUGUUGCAGUCAAAGAGUAAUGAUAUUUAUGAUGGUUUGAAUCUUAUUCAGGCGUUAAAAGAUGUUGUGAUUUCACUUAGAAAUAUCGUUGAUCAACACCAUAAAAUGUGCAAUGAACAGGCUUUAAAAAUUGCACAAAGUAUUAAUGUAGCUGAAGCAAAGCCAAGAACUUCAUUUAUUUCCAAAAACAGAGAUAAUACUCCUUCUGAAUCUAUUUCUGAUUAUUUUAAGUUAGUUAUCACGAUUCCUUUAUUAGACCAUCUAAGUGUUGAACUAGACACAAGGUUUGAUGAUACUACCUUAAAAUGUUAUAAAGCACUUGUGCUAGUUCCUACAAAAAUGAUUUCAGUAGUGCAAUGUUCUCAUGACACCAGUUGGAAAGACUCCAUCAUAUCUUUCAGUUACUUUUACGCAACAGACUUACCGAAUCCGCUUGCUUUGUCUGGUGAGCUUGAUUUAUGGGAAGCCUUCUGGUUAAAUUUUGAAGGAGAUGUCCCUUCUAAUAUUUCCGAGACGUUAAAAGCGAUAAAUUUUCCUGGUUUUGAAAACAUAAAAGUUUGUCUUAAGUUACUUGCUACCUUUCCAUUAACUUCAUGUGAGUGUGAGCGGACAUUUUCUUCACUUCGGCGCCUAAAAAAUUAUAUGCGAAGCACCAUGGUUCAGGACCGUCUAAAUGGUUUAGCAUUAAUGAAUAUUCAUUCAGAAAUAGUUAUAGAUAUCAAUAAAGUCAUUGAUAAGUUUGCCACUAAUAAUCGUAGAUUAACUUUCAAAUAA